AGAAAAAGAACAACAAUGGAGGCGGCGGCUGCAACAGUGCAAUGUUUCGGGCGGAAGAAGACAGCAGUAGCAGUGACACACUGCAAACGUGUGAUCAAAAUCAACGGUGUUCCUAUCGAGCUUGUCCAACCUGAAAUUCUCAGGUACAAGGCCGUCGAACCUAUUUUACUGUUAGGACGACACCGUUAUGCUGCAGUGGAUAUGAGGAUCCGUGUGAAAGGUGGAGGUCACACUUCACAAAUCUACGCUAUUCGUGAAUCCAUCGCCAAGGCACUUGUUGCGUUUUACCACAAGUAUGUUGAUGAACAAUCUAAGAAGGAGAUUAAGGAUAUACUUGUGCGAUAUGAUAGGACUUUGCUUGUUACUGAUCCUCCACGAUGUGAGCCCAACAAGUUUGGUGGUCGUGCUGCUCCAUCUAGGUUCCACAAAUCAUACCGUUACAUUUCGUUUAUGCUUCUGUUUUACUGCUCAUUUUAAUGCUAUGGUUUUCAA